GGAAUUGGAUCCUCGGAGUCCGGAUUAAUUACAGCUUUCCAGCAUUCCUGCUAUGAUUUCUACACGGCACCAGAUCUUCCCUAAAGAAGACCAAGGAAUAAAGGAGGACGAGGAACACCUGGAGGAAGGAGACAAUGGCUGCUCCGACAAUGGCUGCUCCCUUGCAUCUGACCCAGGGCUGCCCCGCGUGUUCAAAAUAUUACAGAAAUGGGUUCCUAAGGCCUCUCCCUAUUUUGACAAAGAACAUUACUGCUACGCUGGCCACCAGAUCACCAUUCAAGAGUCCAUUGAAAACUUCGGAGCUGUAGUAUGGCCUGGAGCUCUUGCUCUGUGUCAGUACUUGGAAUCAAAUCAACAGGAAAUCAGUCUCCGAGACAAGAAGUUACUUGAACUGGGAGCUGGGACAGGCCUGGUGUCCAUUGUGGCAACCAUACUAGGUGCUUUUGUGACAGCUACUGACUUGCCCAAGGUCCUUGAAAAUAUGGAGUUCAAUAUUUCAAGAAACACACGCAACCUGGAAGUUCACAAGCCCGAAGUAAGAAAGCUGGUUUGGGGGGAGAAUCUUCAUGCAGACUUCCCCAAAUCAACCCAUCGCUAUGAUUUUAUUGUGGCUACUGAUCUUGUAUACCACCACACAGCUCUUGAAGCUCUGUUAGUCACCAUAGACUACUUUUGUCAGCCUGGGACAAUCUUGUUAUGGGCAAACAAAUUCAGAUUCAGCACAGAUUACGAUUUUUUGGACAGAGUUGGCAACAUUCUCAAUAUCACGCAGCUAGCAGAUUUUCCAGAGUCAAAUAUCAAGUUGUUCAAAGGCACAGUAAGGGAAAAUUAAGAUCCGAAAGAGUGUCAGAAUCUAGAACAGAUGCGGCCUAAAAGUUUACAAAGCAGUAGUUUUUAAAAUAUGUUAAUUAGGCUCUUCUUCACAACAGCCUGGCGCAUUCAAGUUAGCUUUGGGGUUCUACUUCCCAAUAAUGGGUAAUCCCAAAAAGCAGGACCGUAUGCAACAGGGGUCAAAUAAGUGGAUUUUAGUAAAUGCUCUCCUGCUCCUUAUGCAGCUGUUGCCCCAGAUGAUUAACAGAACAUGUUUGACCUCCACCAAACUGCAUCCUUUUGGAGCUACCCACAAUGUUAGGCUCUGGGCUUUUCCAUAAAACUGAUUUAAUUGGACUUGGAAGCUUAACCCCAUACCCUGUUGCGAGAAACAGAAAGGAGGACCAUUUUACCCCAUAAGAUUUCAGAUUAAAUUUCAGAUUAAAAUUUAGAGUUGUGCUUCUACAAGGAUAAACCAAUUCCAGGUCAUGGGGCUACUAUGCUAUAGCUUGAUAGAGUCCUUUUAAAAGUCCUUUGGUUCUAUAAGCAGUGCCAAAUCGUUGUCCCAAUAAGAGGCAUAUAUAAUAUACGCUGUGACCAAUAUUUGCUACAAUGCUGAAAUGUAACUUUUUACUUGGCCUCCAUGAAGUCAUAUAGACUAGAUUAUGUGUCCUCUCUCCAUCAGCUCUGAAAAAAAGCAAUGAUUUCCUAAUGCCUCCCUUUAGGUACUCUUGGAAAAAUUAGGACAGAUCUCAGCUUUGUUUAAUUGUUUUUAUUAUUAACAAAAUUAAAAGUAUGAGAGUGCGCACAUUUUUGAUCUUGAAAUUUGCACAUUUAUUUAGCAGUUUUACAUUUCCCCCCAAAACAUUAUUAACAUAUCUGUAUGUAUAAGUUUUACAAUACCUGAUUUAAGUGUUAACUGACUGUUUAUACUUGUAUCAGUUUAUCUGAUACUCUGCAACACAUGGAUAUUUGAGAGCAUCUCCGAGUUGAAGAUAUUCAAGAGCACCUUUUGCACCAGCAAUUCAAAAUACAUUUGCAGUGAGUGUGAAAGUUUUUAAUUUUAAAAAAAUUCAAAAUGUAAACUCUUGCAAGUGAUACUGGUAAUUAAGUUCCAUUACUGUUAAAUCUAAUAAAUAAGGUUUUAGCUA